GGCGGCGGGAGAGGAGGCGGAGCGGCGGCGGCCCCAGCCGGGCUGGAGCGCGCGGUCGCCGAGCGCACAGGCCGCGGCCGCGCGGAGCCCGCCAUGCCGGCGCGGGUCUGAGGCGCGGCGAGCCAGGGCCGAGGCGAGCGGCGGCCGUGCCGGCCUGUCGCCCCGCAGCGGCCCGGCCCGGGCCCGAUGAGCGGCGGCCUCGGCCUCCGGCGCAGCCCGGAAAUGUCUGGCAAGAUCGAGAAAGCAGACUCUCAGCGUUCUCAUCUCUCCUCCUUCACCAUGAAGCUGAUGGACAAAUUCCACUCACCCAAAAUCAAGAGAACACCAUCAAAGAAGGGAAAACCAGCUGAGGUGUCUGUGAAAAUUCCAGAGAAGCCCGUGAACAAAGAGGCAACAGACAGAUUUCUACCAGAGAGCUACCCUAUCCCCUUGGAUCUGGAGCAGCAGGCAGUAGAAUUUAUGUCCACCAGUGCUGUGGCUUCCAGGUCUCAAAGGCAGAAGAAUCUGAGCUGGCUGGAAGAGAAAGAAAAGGAAGUUGUCAGUGCCUUGCGCUACUUUAAGACCAUUGUGGACAAAAUGGCUAUUGAUAAGAAGGUACUGGAGAUGCUUCCAGGGUCAGCUAGCAAGGUGCUGGAGGCCAUCUUACCCCUGGUGCAGAGCGAUCCUCGAAUUCAACACAGCUCAGCCCUUUCCUCCUGCUAUAGCCGAGUAUACCAAAGUCUCGCCAACCUCAUUCGUUGGUCUGACCAAGUGAUGCUAGAAGGUGUGAACUCAGAAGAUAAAGAGAUGGUGACCACUGUGAAGGGAGUCAUCAAAGCUGUGCUGGAUGGAGUAAAGGAGCUGGUCAGACUUACCAUUGAAAAGCAGGGACAUCCAUCUCCAACAAGCCCAGUGAAACCCAGUUCCCCAGCCUGCAAAUCCGAUGGCCAGUCUGAGCUGCCCUUGACAGAUCGAGAGAGGGAGAUUCUAAACAAGACAACUAGUAUGUCACAAUCAACUGAGCUACUCCCAGACUCCACCGAUGAAGAGGUUGCGCCUCCCAAGCCCCCUUUACCUGGCAUCCGGGUGGUUGAUAAUAGUCCUCCACCAGCAUUGCCACCCAAGAAAAGACAGUCAGCUCCAUCCCCAACCCGAGUGGCUGUAGUGGCCCCCAUGAGUCGAGCCACCAGUGGCUCCAGUUUGCCAGUUGGAAUUAAUAGACAGGAUUUUGAUGUUGACUGUUAUGCACAGAGGCGACUAUCAGGAGGCAGCCACUCAUACGGUGGAGAGUCCCCCCGCCUUUCCCCCUGCAGCAGCAUAGGCAAGCUCAGCAAAUCCGACGAGCAGCUGUCCUCUCUGGACAGGGACAGUGGGCAGUGCUCCCGGAACACAAGCUGUGAAACACUAGAUCACUAUGAUCCUGACUAUGAAUUCCUCCAGCAAGACCUCUCUAACGCAGACCAGAUACCUCAGCAAGUGGCCUGUAACCUUAGCCCAUUGCCGGAGUCCUUGGGGGAAUCUGGGUCUCCAUUUCUUGGCCAUCCAUUUCAGCUGCCUCUUGGCAGCUGUCCCCAACCAGAGGGUCCCUUAGCCCUGGGGCAGCAGACAGACAUGCCUCCUGCUCUCCCUGAGAAGAAGCGCAGGAGUGCAGCCUCCCAGACCACGGACAGCUCUGGCUGCAGGGUGUCCUACGAGCGGCACCCCUCACAGUAUGACAACAUCUCCGAGGACGACUUGCAGAACCCAGCCUCCCUUCACUCCGUCCCCUUCACACCCUUUGCUGCCGUUCUCCCCUUUCAGCAAGGAGGCUCCUCAGCCCCUCUUGAAUUUGUGGGUAACUUCACUGUUCCUGAAUCAACAGGCGACACAGAAAAACCACCUCCUCUACCAGAGAAGAAAAACAAACACAUGCUGGCCUACAUGCAACUGCUUGAGGACUACUCCGAGCCCCAGCCCUCCAUGUUCUACCAGACGCCGCAGAACGAGCACAUCUACCAGCAGAAGAACAAGCACCUCAUGGAGGUGUACGGCUUCAAUGACUCCUUCAGCAGUGGGGACUCUUUGCAGGAGCUGGCCCCACCCCCUGCACUCCCCCCCAAGCAGCGGCAGCUGCAGGCCUCCUAUGCUGCUUCUUCCUUCUCCUCUGUCUCCUACUGUGUCCAGCAAACUAAAGUGGCCUUCACCCCCGAGGACAGCAGUGUCACUCAGGGCAUCAGUGUAUCCGUCUCUAAUUCCUUUCUCAGUCGGCACGGCAAUUUACCUGUGCCCUCGUACAAAUCUGUGUUUAGGUCCUACUCCCAGGAUUUCGUGCCUCACAACCAAGCUUCCGUUCAACCUUUCCUUCCGUCUACCUCCUCUUCCUCUCCACAUUUCCCACCUGUCCACCAGUCUCAGAGCUCUGACUUAGUGGUGCCAACUGUAGCCAGUCUGCCUUCCAGCACCGUGGACGGGCCUCUUUCAUCUUCUCAGGAGAGCACCUUUCAUGGGAACACUGUCUGCCUUCCUUCCGAAACCUCUUUCACUGACUCGCUGCAGACGCCUUCGAGUGAAAACGGCAGUGAGGAAGCUGGUGAGGGUGAAUAUGUCAAUCUGUAUUCCUCUGGCCAGAGCAGCGAGGAGCUCCCUCACUCUCUAGGAGAAUCACCAGCUGUGAAAGAUGGACAUCCCAAAGAUUCCUCACCAAUUGGCAGUGCACCUGGGAAGGAAAACAGAGACAGUAGUGAAAGGAUGCCAAAGUCACCAGAUGCUCUGGAGUCAGCUCAGUCAGAGGAAGAAGUAGACGAGCUGUCCCUGAUUGACCACAAUGAAAUUAUGGCCAGGUUAACACUUAAGCAGGAGGGUGAUGAUGGGCCAGAUGUCCGAGGAGGAUCUGGAGAUAUCUUACUGGUCCAUGCUACUGAGACAGACAGGAAAGAUUUGGUUUUGUACUGUGAAGCCUUCUUGACAACUUACAGAACUUUCAUCACCCCCGAGGAGCUCAUCAAGAAACUGCAGUACAGAUAUGAGAAGUUCUCUCCCUUUGCCGACACAUUCAAGAAGCGUGUCAGCAAGAACACAUUCUUCGUGCUGGUGCGAGUGGUAGACGAACUCUGCCUGGUAGAGUUAACAGAAGAGAUUUUGAAGCUGCUGAUGGAACUGGUCUUUCGCUUGGUGUGCAAUGGAGAGCUCAGCCUAGCCCGUGUGCUCCGGAAGAACAUCCUGGACAAAGUAGACCAGAAGAAGUUGCUCAGGUGUGCCAACUCCGACCAGCCCCUGGCGGCUAGGGGUGUAGCAGCCAGGCCAGGGACCUUGCAUGACUUUCAUAGCCAUGAAAUAGCAGAGCAGCUGACACUGCUAGAUGCUGAGCUCUUUUAUAAAAUAGAGAUUCCUGAGGUUUUGCUUUGGGCAAAAGAGCAAAACGAAGAGAAGAGUCCCAAUUUGACUCAGUUCACUGAGCACUUCAACAACAUGUCCUAUUGGGUCCGGUCAAUAAUCAUGUUACAGGAAAAGGCACAGGACAGGGAGCGGCUGCUUUUGAAAUUCAUCAAGAUCAUGAAGCACUUACGGAAGCUAAAUAACUUCAACUCCUACCUGGCCAUCCUCUCUGCACUGGACUCGGCACCCAUCCGCAGGCUGGAGUGGCAGAAGCAGACCUCGGAGGGCCUGGCUGAGUACUGCACAUUGAUUGACAGCUCGUCCUCCUUCCGAGCCUAUCGGGCCGCCCUCUCAGAGGUGGAGCCUCCAUGCAUCCCAUACCUGGGGCUGAUACUGCAGGACCUCACCUUUGUUCACCUUGGAAACCCAGAUUAUAUUGAUGGGAAAGUGAAUUUUUCCAAACGGUGGCAGCAGUUCAACAUCCUCGACAGCAUGCGGUGUUUUCAGCAGGCGCAUUAUGACAUCCGGAGAAAUGACGACAUCGUAAACUUUUUCAAUGACUUCAGUGACCACCUGGCCGAGGAGGCCCUAUGGGAACUCUCUCUGAAAAUCAAACCCAGGAAUAUAACAAGGAGAAAAACAGACCGGGAAGAGAAAACCUAGGAACAGGUGCCAUGAGCAAGGAGAAUGCUCAAGAGAGGCACAGAGGGCAGCUCCGAGACCAGAAGGGACUUUGGACCUGUUAUGUGGCGGCAGCUCCCCCUCCCCAAGCAGGCUGCGAGUGUCAGGCCUCGGAGCCUCAAGGCCCAGCCAGGCCCCUGGUGUGAUGGGCAGGAGCCUGGAGCCUGCAGUAGCUCCCUGCCCUCCCUUCUCCUGCAGGAGCCCUGUGGCCCACAGUGGAGGCCAUGCAGACAGGUUUUAUUACUGAUUUGUGAACUGGUGGUUUUCUUAUCUGUUUGGUUUUGUUUCUGUUUUCAUUUCUAUCUUUUCCCUCGCCCCCUCCCACCAAAUUCUCCAGCCUGGGAGCAGCACAGAGAUGGCAUCAGCAAAACAAGGAGCAGAGCAAAUCCUCACCCCAGCCCUAAGCCUGAGGGGCCUGAAUUUUCUGAAAUGGCAAAUGAGUGGAGGCUCAAGGAUCCUCUGGGGAAGUCUGCACUCCAGAGGAACUAGAAUGAAAGGACAAUUCAGUGGUGGGCGGAAAGCAGAGAAUGUCGAGAGGGAGGCCUCUUUUAGUUUCCAUUCCCUGCUUUUUAAAAAUGGAGGAUGGCAUGAGCUUUGCGCUUGGCCCAGAAAGGUACGGCAGGUGGCAUCUCAGCAGCCCUGAGCCGGCUCUCCUCAUCACAGUGCUGGCUUUGGGCUCUGUCCUGCUGCAUGCGGGCCCUUGCUGGGCUGAGUGGCAGCGGUGUCUGUCAUCCCGUUGCACCUUGAUCUCCCCUGACCCCCAUUCUGGUGGCUUCUUCCUCCAUCAUCUGACGAUUCUCCGUCAGCCACUUGCAGAAUCACUUGGGGGAGGUGGGAACGGAAGAAGAGAUUGGAGUAAGAGAGGAUUUUACCAUUAGAAGAAACACUUUUUUUAUUGCUUUUUAACUUUUCUGAGCUGGGGACAGUAGCUCUUGGGUGAGUUAAUCCAGAGAGGGAGGAGAGGGGAGGAGCAUUUCUGUCCUGGGGAGCAGGCGCCCUCUUGUGUUGCUUCUGCUGUGUGCUGCGUGCCUUAACCCCAUCCCCGGCUCCCCUGCCCCACAGGUUCCCGCCCCUCUGCCCCUUCCCUGUCUCCGUGAGGAUGGCUGGCUCCUCCCCUGGCUCAGCAGACCUUUCUACCUGUGCUGUCAGCUCUCCCUCAGGCAGACAGAGGCUCUCUCCAUCCACCUUGUUAAAAACCACUCUCAUUGCUGAGACUGACAAUCUGAGGCAAGUUUUACAAGGAGGAUCCCAGAAAAAAAGGCGGGAACCCUGGGCUGGCAACACGGAGAUGCCAGCCAGAGCCUUCCACGCUCCGGCCGGUGCCGUGUGCCAGCCCGAUGGGGGCCUCCAGCCGGCCUGCGGGUUGGAGUCAGGUGGAGCAUGUGUGGAGCCUCCGCCCGCCCUGCCAUGCUUCCCAGGCCCUUUUUUUGCCUGGAGUGUUCACUUCUCCUGGGCGUGGGACUUGGUCAUGCAACUACCCGGGAUCUAACUGUGGUUUAGCCCAGUUUAAACAGAACAAACAAAGUAGAAAGCAACAUCUGUUGCUUGUUUUGACAGGUUUCUGGUUUUGUUUUUUCUUUUUAAGAAACGACCAUGUCACCUUGAGUUCUUUGUGGGUUUUCAAGCAGCUUUUAUCAAGAAGAAAAUUUGGGCUGUUUUUCUUUCUUCUUUUGUUUUUACUGUAUAUAGAAGGGAGGAAAUCUGUGAAAUGUCAGUUGAAUCCCCCUCUGGCAACAGUGCUGCCAGCAGCGGGCCAGAACGUGUCACUUUAUUAUUUAAAGAGUGUGUGUGUAGAGUUGCUGGUAUAUUAACAGUAUCGUGUUGGGGGUUGGGUUUUUAGUUUAUUUCCUUUUUUUUUUUUAAAGUCCCUUCAUUUCAGUCUUUUCUUCUUCCUUCCCAUCUUGCCUUCCAUCUUUGCCCAGCUCCGUUGAAUGCUGCUGUGUGUGCAUUUGCCUGUGUGUGCGUGUGUGCAAGGGGCCACUAUGCACAUGAGGCCCUUGAGUUGUGCAAAUUAAAUUUUUCCCUACAUUUCUGAGAACCCUUAGGAGUCUCCUCUGUGGCACAGGCAAAUACUAAUGCUGUGUUUCAAAUUCAAAACCAGAGCCCUCCCAUGCCUGUUCAGCAGGCAGAUUGAUGUCUGUAGUCGGUGUCUGUUCACAGGCCGCCUUGUUCUUGGUCAUAAGCUGGAGGGAGGUGGGGGAGCCUCUUCACCUUUCCUUAAUGCAGAACAGACCAUAUGUCCACCCGCAGGGUGCCAGGGCACCUCGCCCGCUGGCCCUCCCCUUCCCAGGAGCUUGUCAUGGUGGUCUGAGCAGAAGUGCCCGGGCACCAGGCAGGGCAGUCCCCAAGUGGGGCAGGAGGCCAGCUCCUCUGGUGACUUGCUGCAUGAAGACAGUGAGCAAGGUGCAGUGUACUUUAACUUAAUAGCUGACAAGCUUCUCCACCCUGUGCCUCAUUCAAAGACACCCUCUUGGCUCUAGGAGUUGCCAAAUUCCAUUGCUCAGUGCUGCAGCUUCAGCUAUGAACUGUUUAUUAGGAGCCUGGGGUGAGGGGAUUUGUGGGAGUCAACCUUUACAGACAGAAGCCAUCAAGAUUAUUUGGUUCCCUUCAGAAAAAGUCAGCUCUUACCUGGUAGGUAUGGGUAAAGCCAGGAAAAGUGCAGGCAUAUACCAUGUCUGAACUGAACCCCAAUUCUGGGAAGCGUCUCCGUCUCCAGCUGCCCCACAACCUCUUUAAUGUUACAUUGUAAUAUAGAUUUCCCAACUAACCCAUCCAAUAGUGGCAUCUGCCUGCGGACAUUUCAAAUGUGUAACUUUUAUAUGAAAGAAAAAUAAACACAGAUGAAAGCUUC